GACGCGGUCACGUGGUUUAUUCCGGCAAGAGUUGCUGCUGCGCAUGAGAUUGGUAGAGCAUUGAACACAGUGACGAGUUCCUUCGGCGUCAGAGCUGCACGUUGUGUAUAAGGGAUGGCACUUAAUAAAUCCAUGCAUCCAAGAAAUCGCUACAAAGACAAACCUCCAGACUUUGCCUACUUGGCUUCUAAGUAUCCUGAAUUUAAGCAACAUGUGAAUGUGAAUUUAGCAGGAAGAGUGAGCUUGAACUUCAAGGACCCUUGUGCUGUCAGAGCCUUGACUUGCACCCUCCUAAAAGAGGAUUUUGGGCUUACUAUAGAUAUUCCAUUGGAGAGGCUUAUACCUACUGUUCCACUGAGACUCAAUUACAUUCACUGGGUGGAAGAUUUGAUAAACUACCAUGAUUCAGACAAAACUGCCCUCAGACGCGGGAUUGAUAUAGGUACAGGCGCAUCAUGCAUUUAUCCAUUGCUUGGGGCAACUCUCAAUGGCUGGUAUUUCCUUGCUACUGAAGUGGAUGACAUCUGCUAUAAUUAUGCCAAGAAAAACGUGGAACAAAAUAAUCUGUCAGACCUCAUAAAAGUGGUUAAGGUGCCCCAGAAAACUUUGUUGAUGGAUGCACUGAAAGAAGAAUCUGAAAUCAUUUAUGAUUUUUGCAUGUGCAACCCUCCAUUUUUUGCCAACCAGUUGGAAGCCCAGGGAGUUAACUCUCGCAACCCUCAUCGGUCUCCCCCGAGCUCAGUGAACACUGGAGGCAUUACAGAGAUUAUGGCUGAAGGGGGAGAGUUGGAGUUUGUCAAGAGGAUCAUCCAUGAUAGUCUUAAGCUAAAGAAGAGAUUGAGAUGGUACAGUUGCAUGCUGGGAAAGAAAUGCAGUUUGGCUCCCUUGAAGGAGGAAUUACGAUUACAAGGGGUUCCUAAAGUUGCACACACAGAGUUUUACCAGGGACGCACAAUGCGUUGGGCUUUGGCCUGGAGUUUCUAUGAAGAGGUUAUCAUUCCAAAUCCCCCGAAAAAAAGAAAGCUGGAAAAGCCCCGUAAACCAAUGGUAUUCACUGUGCUGGAAUCCGUGAUAAAACUGUUGACAGAAAAGUUGCCGAGUGGUUCUGAAGUUCCAGAAAGCAUCACCCUGGUUGCAGACUGCAUAAAGAAAAUACUUACGGAUUUAAAGGUUCAGCAUAAAAUUGUCCCAUGUGGGAGGGACGAAGAGAGCCUGUUCCUAACGGCAGUUGAAAACUCAUGGAUCCAUAUUCGCAGGAAGAAAAGGGACAGGACGAGGCAACUGAGAGAGCUUCCCCGUGCCCCAAAUGAUUUCCUACAGUCCAACAAGCCUGAUGCACUCCACAAGGAGACCUCAGACCAAGGUCAAAAUUCUGGUGAUCCACCAGCCACAAAAGAGAGUGAGUCUGUUACCCAGAGCGAGACUUGUGUGCCACAUACAUCAUCCACUCCUGAAAGUGCUGCUCCUGCUCUCUCUGAACCUAUGGAAGCUGAAAAUUCCGAUUCCAAACCAGACGAGGUCUGUAACAAUGAUGAGGAACAGGACUUGGGGGAAGACAUGAAACAGUCUUGUGGAGAAGCAUCUUCAGCUCCCCAAGGCAGCGGCAGCCCUUUCCUUUUUAAGUGUGUGUUGAAUGUUAAGAAGGAGAAUUCUGAUGUGCUGGUUGAGAUGCACUGUGUUGAGGGUCAGAACAGAGACUUAAUGAACCAACUCUGCACUUAUAUUCGCAACCAGAUCUACAGACUUGCUACCAGCUAGCCUGCCAAAAUCUGUGUGACAUUGCCCACAACCAAAAUCUCUCUUGUGAAAUGACAGAAAUUUAUCUUAAAUUUUUUUCUUGCCUUAUGAAAUCUUCCAUUCCCUCCUUAUAUAUCGUUUGGGAUUACCCAUUUUUGAGAAAACACUUCUUGCGAUGGCAGAUUUCCCGCAGCUAUUGCUUCUUUGUGAACUUCAUUAGAUAAGGGCAAAUCGCUAAAUCCUGAUAAAGUUCACUUUGCUCCUAAGGUAAAAUUUGUUACAGCAACUGAGAUGCUAUUGAAGUUUCUUCUUUGUAGUUUGAUGUUUUAACCUGAACAGUGAUCCUUUUUCUGAAUUAUGGUGAUCUAUCUUUUAAUUAAAACGUUUCAUUUA